AUGUUGACUAAGCUGUGUUGCGAACAGGAGCAAGAUGAGAUCGGACAUCGUCUGUUGCUCAAUUAUAUCGACAAAUGGGCCUUAAUAAACCCGGAGAAAAUCGCCUUUUAUCAGGUCAUCCUUGAUAGCCCCCAGGAUAAGGUCGUUCCGUUGAAAUACGCCCAUCUGAGGAACUUGGUAGAUCAACUUGCUUGGUGGAUCCAUGGGUUAAGUGGCAAUAAAUGCACCUACAAAGAAAGGUCCAUAGCGUAUCUGGCACCAAGUGACCUAAGACAUCUACUGCUUGCGUUGGCCUGCAACAGGAUUGGAUCGAAGGCACUUCUGCUCUCGUCUCGAAAUAGCGCUUACAUUAACGCGCAUUUGAUAGAUGAAUGCGGUUGCGAGUUGCUUAUAUUCGACGCCACAUGCAGCCACGUCGCGGACCAGAUCUCUGCUAAAAGCAAAAUUACCCUCCAUGGCAUGAAUGACUUAGUUGAUCUUCUUAAGACGAAGAACGCUCGUUCGAAGGAUUUCCCAUACUACGAAACCUGGGCCAGCGCAUAUAACAAGCCAGCACUUAUUCUCCAAACCUCAGGCUCCACCGGCCUUUCUAAGCGUGUCCCGAUUUCUCACAGCGCCAUUUCGACCAUCGACAUUCAGCAGUCAGUGUCUAAACAAUAUACCGACGGACGGAAGUGUCACUUGGAGGUAUUGGCAGAGGCCAAGCGCCCAUACCAAUCCUUCCCACUAUUUCACGUCGCCGGCUUCGAGCUCACCUGCCUCUUUCUGUUCACCGGGCGCUGCGUGGUACUGGGACCACCGCGUCGUCCUCCGGGGAUCGAAGUUUACAAGAAGGUGGUUGAGCUUGCACGGCCGGAUGCUGCAAUGCUGGCCCCUCAGACGUUGAACGAGAUAGCUGAAGAUCCACCGUUGAUGUCGGCUGUGGUCCCGAAGUUGGAGUGGAUUAUGUAUGGGGGAGGGCCUAUAACCGAAAAAACGGGGGAUGCAGUUUCCUCGCGAACCCGACUCAUGAAUGGAUUCGGCUCCACGGAAUGUGGAUCUAUGCCUCUGUAUCCUACCGACGCGCCGUACUGGAACUGCUACCAUUUUCAUCCUCUCAGUGGUGCAGACCUCCGACCGAUCCCGAAUAGCGAUGGCCUCUACGAACUGUUUGUCGUUCGCGAUGAGACGUCUUUCCCGUAUCAAUCAAUAUUCCACAAUUUCCCAGACCUGCACGAGUUCCCUGUCAAGGAUAUCUUCCAACGACAUCCGGACAACGAGAAUUACUGGGUCUAUCAAGGCCGCACAGAUGAUAUCUUGGUGCUUUCCACGGGCGAAAAGAUCAACCCGUUGCCUGUUCAGGACGCUGUUUCGGCUAUUCCUGGAGUCAGAUCGGCGCUCGUGGUCGGGAAUAAACAGCCUUAUCCGGGCCUUUUGAUUGAGUUGGGAUUCGAUGCGAUCUUCCCGGAAGCAAAAGAGCUCAUCAUGAGUCGACUUGACAAAACGCUUGCCGAUACGAAUUUCCAAGGGUCUCGAGACGCUCAUAUUCAGCUGAAAGAUGUCAUCUGGGCAGGUCCAGAGAAACCGCUGGCGCGAAACGCUAAGGGGAACCUCCGUCGCAGUGCGAUAGAGAAGGACUAUGAGGAUGAGAUAAAUAGGUUGUAUGGAAAUGAUGACAGCCUAAUCUCUGAGCUUGAUCCUUCUUCGGAACAGACCCUUUUUUCAGGCUUGUUGGAAAUGGCUGGGCAGUUGGUUUCAAUAGAUGAUCUAGACAUUGACGAGGACCUCUUUGACAGUGGACUCGAUUCCCGAGGGGCUCAGAUCCUGGUGAAUGCUAUCAACAGAGCAUCACCGCAUGAAGAAAAAGCACACGUUCUCUUGACCGGAAGUACAGGGUUCGUCGGAUCAUACGUGCUGGACUCUCUUUUACGCUGUCCAGAGGUAGAGAGAAUAGCUUGCCUUGACAGAUGGACAGAGUAUCGAGCUGCAUCAUCCGACACCAACACAACUAAUAACCCAGUUGAUGUGCAAUACUUGCUAGGAAGUCUUGAACGCGAGAAUUUCAAUCUCGAUCCUAGCGUACUCUCGACUCUACUCGAAUCUAUCACCGUCAUCGUCCACUGCCAAUGGCCAGUGAACUUCAACCAGCCGCUAUCAUCCUUCGAACCAAACAUCGAAGGCGUCGAGAAUCUCAUUCGUUUCGCACACGGCGCCUCGUACAAUCCACCUAUCGUCUUCCUCUCAUCAAUAGCGACCGUCAAGCAAUGGGACAAAAGUAUCCCCGUCCCUGAAAAGCCACUCAGCGACCCAAAACACGCACAGACAUGGUACGGGCAAAGCAAACUCCUAGCUAGUGUGCUGCUCGAAGAGGCUGGCAAAACUCUCGGCACUCGCUCAUCGAUCUGCCGGUUGGGCCAGGUUGCCGGUCCUGUUGGGAGGGUCGUGAAACAGAGAAUGUGGCCGCGGACAGACUGGUUUCCUAGCUUGCUGGAGACGUCGAGGGCGAUUGGGUGUGUUCCGGACUCUUUGGGCUCGGCUGGUCGAGUUGAUUGGUUACCGGUGGAUAAAUUGGCCGAGAUCAUAGUCCAGCUGGUGGUCUUGAAACACUCCAUAGACGCCAACGGAAUGGCGUUAACUGACUUUCAUCAUCUGGUGAAUGCGGAGCCGGUGAGCUAUCAGGAUAUUCUUCCAGUCAUUGUGAAGCGGCUGGGGGAGGAGGUGAGGGUUGUUUCUCUAUCGGAAUGGGUGGAUCGACUGGAGAAAUCGGCAGCGACAACAGAGAAUGGUUCAAAUCCGGGCCUGGGCCUGGGCCUGUUGAGCUUCUUCCAGGGCCUGAAAGCUACACAGGAAGAGGCCCCCGUGGUGCUGGAUACUCAGCAUACGCAAGACCGUCUGCCACUACUCGGUGAGAUUGGCGCAGCAAAUGGCAGCUGGAUGGAAAUGUGGCUUGACCAGUGGGAUUUUAAUUCACGUAAUUAG